UUUCUCAUAUGAUAUAUGAAUAUCAUGCAGAGAAUCAGUAAAAUCUAAGAGCACCAAGAAUCACUUGUACUUGUAGCUUUUCCAGAGAUUGGCUUACCGAUUCACAACAAGCACGUUCUUCUGGCCCUAAGGUGACUCGAGAUAAUGCGAAGAAACUAAUCGAAAAUAUUGUUAGUAAUUAUGACGUGUAAUGCUAAUAUGGCUCCAACCGGAGAUUGCUGUGGGGAAUGGAACGACAAGACCUAUCUCGGAUUUGAUUUUAGUACUCAACAGUUGAAGGCUGUUGUGAUCAAUGAAAACUUGGAAGUAAAACAUGAGGUGACAGUUCAUUUUGACUCAGAAUUACCUGAAUUCAGAACCCAUGGUGGUGUGCAGAAAGUUGACAAUAUAACUGUAACUGCUCCAUCCAUUAUGUGGGUUAAGGCAGUGGACCUUGUAAUGGAAAAGCUUAAAGUUACAGGAUUAGACUUGUCUACUGUAGCUGCAGUGUCUGGAGCAGGACAGCAACAUGGAAGCAUUUAUUGGAGGAAAGGAGCACAAAAAAUUUUGAAAAAUCUUCACCCAGAUAAGUUUCUACAUGAACAAUUACAGAGCUGCUUUAGUGUGAGAGAUUCUCCUAUUUGGAUGGAUGGGAGCACAACUACACAGUGCCUGGCAUUGGAAGAAGCUUUAGGGGGUGCUCAAAGGCUGGCAGAAUUGACAGGAUCCAGGGCUUAUGAAAGGUUUACAGGGAACCAAAUAGCAAAACUGUUUGAAACCAAGCCUGAAUCAUACAAGAAUACUGAGAGAGUUUCUUUGGUCAGUAGUUUUGCAGCAUCUCUCUUCCUUGGAGACUAUGCUGCUAUCGAUUUUAGUGAUGGUUCCGGGAUGAAUUUACUCGAUAUAAGAAGAAAAGAUUGGGCAGAUGAGUGUUUAAAUGCAUGUGCACCUGACCUUAGAGAGAAGUUAGGAAAACCUGUUCCAUCCUAUACAGUUUUGGGAAAUAUUUCUCCUUAUUAUGUGGAAAGAUAUGGCUUCAAUGAGGAAUGCAAAGUAGUUGGAUUUACAGGAGAUAAUCCUGCUUCUUUAGCAGGAAUGAAUUUAAAGGAAGGUGAUGUUGUAGUCAGUCUUGGCACCAGUGACACACUUUUCCUGUGGCUUAAGGAGGCUCGGCCUGAUCUGGAGGGUCACAUUCUGUGUAACCCUGUUGAGAAAGAUGAUUAUAUGGCUCUUUUAUGUUUCAAAAAUGGCUCACUUACAAGAGAACGAAUCAGGAAUGAGUGUGCAGAUGGAUCUUGGGAACUCUUUAGUGAGUUACUAGAAAGUACACCAAGAGGCAACUUUGGAAACAUAGGAAUGUAUUUUGACCUGAUAGAGAUUAUACCUACUGUUUAUGGAGAUCAUCGUUUUAACAAGAACGGAGAGGAGGUAUCUCGGUUUUCCAAGGAAGUUGAAGUGAGGGCUCUAAUAGAAGGGCAGUUUCUUGCUAAAAGAGUACAUUCUGAAAAUUUAGGUUUCUCUGUUGGGCCUGGCUCAAGAGUCCUAGCCACAGGGGGAGCAUCAGAAAACAGUGCUAUUCUGCAGGUUUUGGCUGACAUUUUUAGUACCUCAGUAUAUGUUCAAGAUGUUUCAAAUUCUUCUGCUUUAGGGUCUGCUUUCAGAGCUAAACAUGGAUUUCUUGGAGGUGAUUCAACAAAGUUUGCAGAUGUUAUAAACCCAGUAACAAACUGGACCUUAGCAGCAACACCAAGUCCAGAUGCAGCUGAGAUUUAUAAUCCCAUGGUUGAACGCUACAAAAGACUGGAGGAAAAGGUUAUAGCAAAACACAGCAGUAUGAAAAAUUAAAUUCGAAAAAAAUUUGAUUAUUUACAUUGAUUAAAUAAUGAUAUUAUGCUUUAACUGAAAUAAAGCACUUAUGCUUUUCAUAUAAACAUAUCAUGGCAGUGCCUUUUGUUAAUAGUGUAGACCAUAUAUUCUUGUACUUAAUGUGUAUGUUUCUUACAUGCUUUUAUUUUUUACCUGGUUCCUUUUCUUGUGAUGUGUUUUAGAGAUUAAGCAAAUAUAAUUAACCAUUAGCUGUUAUUUGUCUAGUCUGAAAGUUUAUUUCAAUUUUUUAUUGCUCAAGUGUUCAGAUUGAGAUUUCUACGUUAAUAAGAAUUAGUGAAAUAAUGAUGUCACUGGUUGUUCUUUUUCUCUUCUACUUAGUUCUACAGCACUAGUUGAUAAAAUUACUUAUAACCUUAGUGAGGAAGAAUGUUGAAGAUGUCUAUAUAAUUGUAAUUUCUGGUCAGUCAUAACAGAUGUUAUGCAACUAUUAUGGAUUUCAAUAAUUAGUAGUUUUAAGUAUGUGUUGUUAUAGUGUUACUGGAUCAUUCAGGUUAGUUACAUUUUUUAGUCCAUUACAUAGACAUUUCUUUUUUAUGAACUUUUGGUUGGCUUGAAGAAGUAGCUAUUUCUGUCAAGAAUCUUAUAUAAAUUCCAAGUUUUAUGUCACGCAUCUCUAAUGUUUAUUAUAUAUCUUUACAGUUGAUUCAGUGUCAGAAUGGUUUUAUUACUACAUUCUAGGUAAUAACUAAAAUUUAUAAUUAGCUUAGCUUUAGCUACUAAGUGAAUCAGUUACUUGAGGUAGUGUUCAAAGUACUCUUGAUUAUUUCCAAUAAUACAUUUACUAUGCAUAUAUUUUGUAUACUUCCAUAUUUUUUUAUGUUAACCUUUAUACAUUUUUGAUAGUUAAUAUACAUGUUCUUCAUUUCUGUUUUACUUUCAUUUUUAAUUAAACAUGAAAUAUACAUGUACAGGCUUCUGUGAAAAAAACUAAAACAAGAUUUCCAUGGUCACAUAUGAAAAGAAAAAUUUUUUUAAUUAAAAGAAAUCUUUGAAUUAUUUCCCUAAAAGAUAGCCUUUAGCUUACUUUGUUAAUUCAAGCUAUAGAGAUACUGUAAAAGUAUGUACCAGGGUUCUUUAAAUAGUCACAUUUCAAGAUAUUCACAAAUUUACAGAGAUGCAGACCUUGAAAAAAAUUCCAUUUACCAUAAAACUGUCAGUUAUUUCUCCUUUUGAAAUAAUGUGAUAUUGUAAAGUUGUCUUGAAAAAUUGCUGUUGUGUAGUUGGUGCAAGGUCCAAAUGAAACAUUCAGCUUUAAAUUUCCACAAUGUCGAACUAACUUAAAUUACAAAUUCCUUUGACUUAACUCGGUUCAAUUGAAAAGUUUUAUUUCGGAAAAGUUUAGUAUAAGUAAUAGGGGAAAAAAAGGAGUGUGAUUUCUUCAACAUUUAGGAAAUGGUUGUGAUAUCGUUACAUAACUUAAAAAAUGGAUGAUUAUUUCCUAGGUGUAAUAUUACAAAUAUUCUUUUACAACAGUUAAAAAGGAAGCUGCUAUUUAUCAUGUUAGAUAACCCAUAUACAUUAUCUCUUUUAUUAUUGUUAAAAACUAAGUUAGAGAUAGUAAUAGUAGAUCUAAAUUGGUUUAAAAAGUGAUUUUCCAUCCAUAAGUAUUCCGUCCAUAAUAACCAUUUUUGUGAAAUCAAAUCAUUCAUAUGGAACAGGGAUGAUUAUUAAGAGAUUCACUUCAUAAAUGAAGUGUUUAGAACAUGAGAUUCACUUCAUAAAUGAAGUGUUUAGAACAUCAAAGUAAAUAGAGACCUAUGUACUUAUUAUGUUUAUAAAAUUUUCAAAAAUAAUCUUGAUCCCUUGAGCAUGAUAUUUUGGUUUUAUAAAAUAAUUAGAAUCUUAGUGUUUUAAAAUGUGAUACGAAUACCACAGAAAUAGUGUGAAUAUCGAAGAGAAAAAAUUAAAAAAAUUAUAUUUUUAUUUUUGCUGUGAUUUGAUUUACACACCAUAGGAGUUGAGCAGCAGCAUUGCACAGAUUCUGCUCCCUCCAAGUAUAGAGUCCCAUUGCAGCACAUUUGUUAGUCACGCUAAUGUGAAAGUUUUGAUGGUAGUAAAAAUGUGAAGAUGAUUAUCAAAUUGUAGAAAGGAAUUGAUUGUAGAAACAUGAGGUACUGUACAUUUUAGAUGUAAUAAAACAAAAUCAUCAUUCCAUUGAAUUGCAGUUGUUAUAAGUGUUAAACUUUUUUUUUGUGACAUUUAACUAUAUACUACAGUGUUACAAGGUGCUAAUCUCAUGAAUAUUUAGUUUUGUUUUUUAUUGAUAUUCAGCACAUGGUGGUAUUUAACAUGGAUAUCAUUGUUUUUUAACUUACUAGGAAAAUUCCAUUAAAUUUGAACAUUGGAAAAUAUGAAGUAAAGUGAGAGAUAACUUUAACUUGAACAGUGUUUUGGGAGUUUCUUUUAACUUUCUUUCACUGAGUAGUUGUGAAAUUCAAAAUGAAUUCUUUGUUCUUAUUUGGCUUAUUAAUUUCUCAAAAUAUUCUGUAACUUAUGAAAUAUUUAAUGCAUACAGUUGAUGAAGUUUGUUAGAUUUGGAUUAAAUUUAUCAAUACUUUUUAAUGAUGUAUUGAGGAAUUGAUCAGUUAUUGUUAAAAAAAAUGCACAAAAUUAAAUGAUUUAUUAUAAAGGUUGUUCAUUGGUUGUGAUGGUUAACUACUUUAUCUGUGUAAUUAAACUGUUAGUUCAUGGAAUUGUAAGAAUUAAUCACUUUUGUUAUAAAUUUGUGCACUAUUUUUAGGUUAAUAAAAUAAUUGAGGCAAUUUUUUAUUGUGGUAUAUUGAAGUAUGUCACACUUUCUAAAUGAUAUAAAUUUGUUAAUUUGCUUUUAAUACUUGGCUUUAGAAUAUUUAUCAUAUUAUAUUCAGCUUUACUUCUGUACUAAGAAGUACUUGUGUGUAAAGUAAUAAAUGUUAUAGUGUAGUUAACCAAGUUAAUUCACUUUUUAACUAAGUGAUGACUAAUACUGGACACUUAAAUAUAUUUGUAGAGGUAGUGGCACUUGGCAUGUAUUUCCUGUUUACCUUGUAUAUAAAAGUGGUUAUUAAGACCAGUACACUAUGAAAGUCAAAACCAUGUAAUCAAUUAAACUUUUAUACAACCAAACACCACAAAAGGACUGAUUCUGUUUUGUCAUUACCUUUUAUUUCAGAGAUUACCAUACAAAAUCCAAUUAGUUUUUAACAUAAAAAGUUGAGAUCUAUUAUAGUUGAUUGCAGUAUGUGGUAUGAUUAAGUUUUCUGUAGAUGAAACCCUAUAAACGAAUAUUUCAAAACAGAAGUGAUAUGCAUAUGUUUUUUUUGUUUAUUUAAUAUUUAUUUAAUAUUAGUGUAAGACACUGAAACCAUUGCAGAGCUUAUUGAACUUGGAACUGUUUUUUUUUUGUUUGUUUCUGAGGAAAUGAUAAUUUA